UCUAGUCGCCAUGUCUGGAAGAGGAAAGCAGGGAGGCAAAGCUCGCGCAAAGGCCAAGACCAGGUCUUCCCGGGCUGGUCUUCAGUUUCCGGUCGGCCGUGUCCACCGUCUGCUGCGCAAAGGCAACUAUGCUGAGCGAGUUGGUGCUGGUGCUCCGGUAUAUUUAGCUGCUGUGCUCGAGUACCUGACUGCUGAGAUCUUGGAGUUGGCGGGGAAUGCAGCCAGGGAUAACAAGAAAACUCGUAUCAUCCCUCGUCAUCUUCAGCUUGCCAUCCGCAACGACGAGGAGCUUAACAAGCUGCUAGGCAAGGUUACCAUCGCUCAGGGCGGCGUCCUGCCCAACAUCCAGGCCGUACUACUGCCCAAGAAGACUGAGAGUCAUCAUAAAGCUAAAGGCAAAUAGAAUGUCUCUAGCUGGGCUUUAGGAUAUACUCUGGUCCUCCUUAAU